UUUAUCUGUCGUUGAUCGUUUGCGUGUUGCUGUGGGUCGUAAUUAUUUUAAAUUAUAAAAAUAUUGCUCACAACAUGUAUUUGACAUCAUAUCAUAGUAAUUUUAAUGUUCAUUAUGAUUAGUUCAAAUAAAAAAUCCCUGUAAAGUAUAGUAAUCUAAUAUAUUAGUGAAUAAUUUGCAUCGAGAUAGUGUAGUGUUUGCGCAAAUAUUGUUAUCAAAAAUAUUUAAAAUUAGUAGAAUCAUGUGGAAAACUGUUAAUUUAAUCAAUUAUCACCUUCCGUUUAACCUAAUAUAAGGAUCUAUUUAUAUAUAGUUUAAAAACAGAGUUGAAAUCGAUCAAAGUGGGUCAUCGCCGUGUUGGUGUUAUUUGAUUACAAUGAAUGAGAAAAAGUUGGUUCAAAACUUCAAGAGUUACAUCAAUGUAUCUCCAUUGAGUAAAGGAGAGAAAAAUGGUUCUUUACAAGAGGUGAAGCCUAAACUUCUGAAUGGCGAGCUGGUGACGGGAGCGGCGCACAGCGUGGUGAUGCUGACGCCGCUCAGCGAGUGGGACCGCGGGAGAUUCGGCUCGCUCUUCAUCACCAACUACAAACUGUCCUUCGUACCCUUGGAGAACUCAACCAAUGAUGAGUACUGCCAAAGGAACUAUCUGCUCGGCGCAUUCGACGUCCCACUAACUGGGGUUGGAGCUGUGUGGCUGACGGACGGUGGACCGCAGCGACGGCGGCGACUCAUGCCCUACGGAGACAUGCCUGGCAAAGUAAAGGGACUCCAAGUUAUAUGCAAGAACAUGAAAGUCCUAACAUUCAGCUUCGCGAAUUCGCCUAUAGACAAUGGAAGAAAGAUAGCCCUCGCUCUCAUGCACCACGCCUUCCCGAAACGGCACGACCUACUCUUUGCAUUCGAGUACAGAGAGCCAUACUACCCCACACUCCCAUCCGACAUGAACAUGUUCCAACGCCCAGGAGACUGGAAGAGAGAACUAGAACGGUGUGAAUGUCCUCAUUGGAGGAUAACUUGCAUCAAUGGAACUUCGGACGCCUUCAUGUUAACCGCAGGAGAGACCCUUAUAGUACCCAGUUCGGUGUUAGAUUAUAAUUUAAUGGAGUCUGCGAGACAUUUCCGAUCAGGCCGUGUGCCUAUUUGGGUGUGGGGUAGGCCUGAAGGUGCGGCGUUGUUGAGGAGUGGAGAACUAUUGAGUACUGAGCAGUCGGCGACGGCUGAGAGUGUCUUGUUAGAACAGGUGCGUCGCUCCCACCCGAAGUUGACGCCGCCCCACGUACUGUACCUCUGUGGCAAUACGUUCACGAAUGCUGGUGGGCCCGGCAUACUCCCGCCUCUGGCCACGCUACAAUCCUCGUAUAAGAAACUCGUCGAACUAUGUACACCAACCACAUUGGGACAGUUUUGGAUGCAAGACUCCCAGUACUACUCGAUCCUGGACGCGAGUCGGUGGCUGCGCUACGUCGCCAACUGCAUAGCCUUCGCAGACGACGCCGCGCAGCACUUAUCUAAUAAUGUUACCGUUGUCUUACAAGAAGGCGACGGUGUAGACUACUGUUCAGUAGUGUCGUGUCUCACUCAGCUACUGGUAGACCCUCACUUCCGCACGAUAUCUGGCUUCCAGUCGCUCAUACAGAAAGAAUGGAUCGCACUCGGGCACCCCUUCUGUGAUAGAUUCGGUCUUCCCCGGCCCGGUAACCCUAAAGACUCGACAGCUAAGGAGACGACCUCUGCCCAGACCGCGCCGGUACUGCUCUUGUUCCUGGACUGUGUCUGGCAGCUCACGCAGCAGUUCCCGGCAGACUUCCAGUUCACUGAGACGUACCUCACGACUCUAUGGGACUGUGCACAUAACCAUAUCUUUGAUACCUUCCUGUUUAACUGCGCCAGAGAUCGUGAGCUCGCUGUUGCUAGGCAGAACUUCGUCCAGCGGCCAGUGUGGGACUGGGGCGAGCAGUUCUCAGAGCAAGACAAGGCGUUAUUCUACAACCCGCUGUAUGGGAUCAAACCAAAUACCGUGCCAUCACAGAGGCUGUCACAAUCUACGUUCCCCAGUAAGUCAGCGGCGGAGCUGUCUCGACUGGAGCCAUGUACGUCAGUAGCGGGCAUGGAGCUCUGGUCGCAGUGCUACGAGCGCUGGCUCGUGCCACUGGACGCGCCGCUCGCGGGCUCCGUGCAGUACCACGUGCACAACUACGCCGCGCUCAAACAGAUCCACCAAAUAAAAGAGAAGCUGCCAUCUUUAUCAAUAAUGUCGGAGCGAGGGUGUAACGGCGAGGCGGAGCCCCCGACGCGGCGCAGCGUGCCACGGUUCUACCCGUUCAGCCUGAGCCGAGGCGAGACCGUCACGGCGGGACUCGAUGCCAUGCAGUUAAGCCUCAUCGACGCCUCACAACUCCUCGACUCACAGUCCCUACUCAACGCGCCUGACUAACUACCUACAACACGUACAUAGACGUCGCCAAACAGCUAAGCUAUUAUAGUCCCCAGUACGAACCAUGAGCUGAUCAUGAUGGGGGUAAAUUCGUGCACUGUGUUUUCUCUCAUCAUUUUAUAGUUAUUGCUAUAAUUAGGCCAUGUCUAUUUGGAAGAUAGUUAACGUAAGGAUAAGAAAAAGAAUUUGUGUUAGAAGCAAAAUUGAGAAAUAAUGAAAUACACAAUGCGUGUUUAACCCACAUGGUUCGUGCCGGGUAUUAUACCAUCUGUCUUGUACUUAUUCCAAACGAUUAUGAGACUUUGACAACAUCUAAUUACAUUAUACAACUUGCCUAGCCAAAGCAGACGUCUAUUCUAUAUGUUGAAGUAGUAAUUUGAACACAUGUCUAACUAGUGUCGCUUCUAGCGGAAUUACUUGUUGAUUAGUAAUAAUAUUUCAAACUGUUCACUUAGGACGCCAUCGCGUCGCUUGUUGUCUUCAUAAAUCUGUUACGAUUGCUUUCAAUAAUACUUAUUGUAUGUUAACUUGUCUGUCUAUAUGUCUAUAAUAUACUAAAAACUUGCCAGUUCAUGUAGGUAUGAUAAAGGAUAAAAAUAACUCUAAUUGUAAACGAAUCGUGAGUUAUUAAAGUACUGAAAUGGAUAGACUUUGUUUUUAAAGUAUAUAAUAUAUUUAUAUGUUACAUACAUUUAUUAUGAUGUAUGGAUGAUUUUAUACAAAUUUUGACUAUCAGUUUCUUUUAGUGAAGUGUAUAAAAAUAGUCUUCCUGAUUUAUUAUCACACAGACAGUAACAGAGAGGUCAGCAGUGAACUGUAAUAUAGAACAAGUCAAUGAAUCGAUCAAGGCUCCUAGUUUAGCGGGGCGCGCCGCCAUCUUGUGGACUAUGAGAUAAAUUAAUAUAUUCGUGUUACAAUAAGACGUACAUAAUAAUUAAGCUGUAUAUAUUAGUAGUCACUAUUAAACAUAUUUUUAUAAGUUCCCUAUGGAAAGGAAUUGAUUGAGAAAUGUAUAUUCCAAUUUUUUAAUAAUAAUAGUUAUAUUUUUUAUAAACUAUCGUUCUAUGGUGUGACCAUUAAAAUUAUACGAAAUUAUAUGUCUGUCUGUGUGUUUAGUUAGCACGCAGACGUUAUUGGGCCAUUCCUGAAUUAUUCCAUUAUAGCAGAUUGAUAUAAUUAUUGAAUUUCGCUUGAGUACUAACAGAGCUUACUUCGUUUUAAUGUCUCUUGAAGACGCCUGUUCACUAUUUGGCCGACAGAGUGCAUUUAGAUGAUACAUGGCAGCAAGCUGUCGCGUAGUGAACAGGCCUCGUUAUAUAGGAAUAAGUACUUUGUUACCACUAAACUGUAGCCGGGAACACAGCAAACACUAAAUAUACUUCAUUACUUGUUAAGACACCCGACUUUGUCUUACUAACUAGACACAAAACCAAAUCUAACUUGUAAUAAAACAUUGUUUAUGUUGUAAAUAUGGCAGCUUCAACGCUUACUUAAGAACUUUGUUAUUUUAAUAUUUAUUUCCUUAUUAAUUAUAAUGAUUAUGAUGUAUUAGACAACUUCAGCUGUAGUAUCGACCUGAGAAUGUUAUGUUAACGUGUAUCGUAUGUCCAUAUAUUAUAAACUAACAUAGUUGUGGUGUAGUUAGUCAGUUGAAUACAAUGUAUUCACUUAUCUUUAUUAACAGUACAAGUCUAUGCGAUGUUUCUUUUUAUACUGAGAUUAUAUUAAGAAAUUGCUAUGUAUUCUUAUACCAUGUUGAUUCCUAUUGGCUGUUAAUGUUUGGUCGACCAAUCAGUGGCUUGUAAUCGAUACUUUUAAGUUUGUGACGUUAUUUAAUAAUUUACGAAUAAAUGUUCAAGUCGCCACGCUUUACUGUUUUCGAUACAAGUUACUGAUUAGGUUCGAUAUACACAAAAUGUCCGACAUCACAAUAUUGUCACGAAAUACAGGCCAACCGGAAAACUUCUCAAAGUUUAUAUUAGUUGCAAUUAGAUAUCAACUUAGUACUAAUGUGAAUAAAGUUGCAAUUAGCAUGUUGAUGUGUUUUCCGCUAGGUUUGUUGGUCCUGUUCUUGUUACAUAAUUGAAAUAUUGGCUGCCUGUUAGGCCGUGAUCCGUGUUUAGUAAGAGUGUAUCAUUGACUCGCCCCCCAGUGUGACCACGGCCUAUCUAACGUGAUCAAGUUGGAACAAACACGCAGUAUUGUUGUAAGUAUAAUUAACUUUAUCGUGUAGAAGCGAAUAUUUAUGUAAUUUAUAAGUUUACGAACUGUUAAUAAUAUAACUGAUUAAUACACGCGGUUAUAGUUUCAUAAACAUUGCACGAUGGGAAUAUUUGUACCAGACGAGAGAUGGGAUGCAUGUUACUUAUAGCUUAGUCGAUUUUGUAAUCGAUUACAAUAGUGAAAGUGUAGCCACAUAGUUUUAAUGUAAGAAUGCAAUGUCUAGAAUGAUUUUGUCAGUCGACUAAUCCCCGUCUCGCCGAAAAUCAGUGCCAUCUCGUCUUUUGACUUUGUAAUAAAAAAAAUAUGAUUGUAUCAAAAAUAUUCCGCAUAGUAAGUAGUAGAAUCAUGUAUCCCAGUGCUGUCCAAAUCGUAUGUUGAAAUGAUUCGUACCAAAUUAUCUGUGUACCUGUUACACGCUAAUGUUCAAAUGUGAGGAAUAAAGGAGUUACGAGAUA